CCCAUUGAAUUUCUUUAAUGAUUUAAUUUCUAUAAACCGUGCUAAUCUAUAUAUACCAUCUCCAUUCAUAUCAAAUGGGUCAUCAAAAAUCAUGGAACAAAAACUCCCAUUUCAAUUACUUCUACUCCUCCUAUGCAUGAGUGCAAUGCAUGGAAUUAUUUCACAAGAAACAAAUGAAUAUCGGAUUUCCAUGGGAGAGAAAGUUGAGGACUGGUUCGAAGAAGAAGAGGAUGAGAGACAAACUUUGCAGAGUGAAGGGAGAGGAAGGACAGUUGUGAAUGUGGAGAGCUUGGGUGCCAUGGGAGAUGGAGUAACUGAUGACACUCAGGCUUUCAUUAAGGCAUGGGAGGAAGUUUGUUCUACGCGUAACUCAGUUUUGCUCGUGCCUGAAGGCCGUACUUAUUUAGUAAAAGCCAUCAGAUUCAAAGGCCCUUGCUCAGGCACCAUAAUUGUGCAGAUAGCUGGGAAAAUUAUUGCACCAGAUGAACCAGGUGAAUGGGACCCAAAGAACCCAAGAACAUGGUUGGCAUUUUCAAAAUUAGAGGGAGUAGUCUUCCAAGGUGGAGGAGUUAUUGAUGGCUCUGGCUCAAAAUGGUGGGAUUCAUCUUGCAAGAGAAACAAGAGCAAUCCGUGCAGAAGUGCUCCAACGGCAUUGACCAUUGAUUCGAGCUCAAGGGUAAGGGUGGAGGAGUUGAUGCUGGUAAACAGCCAACAGAUACACUUUACUAUUUGGCGCUCAGAUGCUGUUAGGGUGUCCAAGAUGGUAGUCCAGGCCCCUGACUAUAGUCCCAACACCGACGGAAUUCAUAUUUCCGAUUCCACAAAUGUUGUAAUCCAAAAUUCCAAAAUUGGAACAGGGGAUGAUUGCAUUUCAAUAGUGAACGGAAGCACAAAUAUCAAGAUGAAAAACAUUGAGUGUGGACCAGGACAUGGAAUAAGCAUUGGGAGUCUUGGAAAGGACAAUUCGUUGGCUGUGGUUUCGAAUGUGGUGCUGGAAACAGCUACCUUAACAGGGACCACAAAUGGCCUCAGGAUCAAGACAUGGCAGGGCGGCUCGGGAUAUGCCCGAGCAAUUCGAUUUAAGAACGUGAAGAUGAACCAAGUCUCAAACCCCAUUAUCAUUGAUCAAUUCUAUUGUGAUUCUUCAAUUCCAUGUCAAAAUCAGACAUCUGCAGUGAACAUAAGCCAAGUGAUGUACAUAAAUGUUAGUGGGACGUCAAAGACACCCAACGCCAUGAAGUUUGCAUGCAGUGAUACAGUCCCCUGCAGCAACAUCAUCCUCUCAAACGUAAACCUGCAGAGAGACAAUGGAGACGGCAAUGUACAGACUUUCUGCCACUCCGCCGUCGGAUACAACUACGGCAUCGUUCAUCCCUCCGCCGACUGCCUACGCUACGACACAAGACCCCACCCAUCUCCUCCCAUCCAUUCCGAGCUCUAACUUAACUCUCUCUCUCUCUAGUAUCUUGGUGAUAUAUUUUUGCAGUUAAAUGUUGUCUUCCUGUUGUUGCUGUUAUCAGUGAGAUUAAUAUUA